CAGGGUGAAGGUGACUGAGCUCGACGUGGUUAAAGCGGCAACUGCUGUUCAGUAGCUGUUUGUUUCUUAUCAAUUCAAUAGCCUUCUUUUUCGGUGGGGCGAGGGGGCGAAGCUUUGGCAAGAUGGCGCCACCCGUGUCGCCCUUGGUUACUGGGCGCUGCUUUCUGAGGGCAGCAGCUCGGCACGUUGUUCUCUUGCUAACUAGGUGGUCUGAGGCCGGCGCCCCGCGGAAAGCUUAUGCAGUUCAGGCAGCUGAGAAAACAACCAGUAGCACUCUAGCAGAUGCUCAUUCUAAGGCAUUGUUGGUUUGCAAUGGACCUUUAGAGCAUUAUGAGUUUCUAGUCAAAACAGAGGAGCUGAAGAAUGAUGAACAACAACGGAAAGUCAUACAGUGCCUACAGAAGCUACAUGAAAGCCUUAAAGGCUAUGGUAUCAGUUCAAAACACAUCUUAUCAAAGUGGUUUACAAGACACAAACCUUCAAAAGGCCUUUAUGUCUAUGGAGAUGUUGGCACGGGAAAGACAAUGGUGAUGGACAUAUUUUAUUCUCAUAUACAAGUAGAGAGAAAAAAGAGAGUCCAUUUUCAUGGCUUCAUGUUAGAUGUGCAUAAAAGAAUACAUCGCCUUAAGCAGAGUUUACCAAAGAGAAAACCUGGGUUAAUGGCUAAAUCAUAUGAUCCAAUAGCCCCUAUAGCUGCUGAAAUAACUGAUGAGGCUUGUCUCCUGUGUUUUGAUGAAUUUCAGGUCACAGACAUUGCUGAUGCCAUGAUUCUCAAGCAGCUUUUUGAAAACCUGUUCCAAAAUGGUGUUGUUGUUGUGGCAACGUCCAAUAGGCCACCAGAAGACCUCUAUAAAAAUGGGCUCCAGAGAGCUAACUUUGUGCCGUUCAUUGCAGUGCUGGAGAAAUAUUGUAACACCAUCCAACUGGAUUCUGGGAUAGACUACAGGAAACAAGGGCUUCUGGCCACAGGGAAGCUUUACUACCUCACAAGUGAAGCUGAUGUGGAGGCUGUCAUGGAUAAGUUGUUUGAUGAGCUGGCUCAAAAACAAAAUGAUUUAACUAGACCAAGGAUUUUAAAAGUACAAGGCAGAGGGCUGAGAGUGAAUAAAGCAUGUGGAACCGUUGCAGACUUCACGUUUGAAGAGCUGUGUGACAGACCACUUGGUGCCAGUGAUUAUUUGGAAAUAGCCACACAUUUUGACUUGGUCUUCAUUCGUAAUAUACCUCUGCUUACAAUGGCAAAAAAGACUCAAGCUCGGCGCUUCAUUACUCUCAUUGAUACAUUUUAUGACAAAAAGGUACGCAUCGUUUGUUCUGCAUCAGCACCACUUCAAAACAUAUUUCUUCAAGAACAUCAUGAUAGUGGCCAGGAUGAAAGUAGAAUACUGAUGGAUGAUUUGGGGUUGAGCCAGGAUUCUGCUAAAGAGCUCUCUAUGUUUACGGGAGAAGAGGAGAUUUUUGCUUCUCAGCGUACCAUCUCACGACUCACUGAAAUGCAGACUGAACAGUACUGGAAGGAAGGGGAUAGGAGCAAAACCCAAUUGUAGCUAAAAGGCUGAUGUAAACCAGCAUAAAUAGUGGUCAUAAAGAAGAAAAAGUUCUAGCUUCAUCAGAAAAUAUUUUUGAUAAUGCAUCAUCUGCUGUUUCACUUUAAUAUCAAAAAUACACAGGUCUGGGAAAUAAAGGUGAAGGGAUUUACUUGCUAAGACACCCAAGUGGGGACAAGGUAGCAGUUUUGUGCCUUUUGUGUAUAUGAAAUUCCUUUCCCCAACCUAAAGCAAAGUCUUUAUUGAGCUAGAUUUAAAUUCUCUUCUGUCUAUAAAAUGGAGUGAAUGGGGAGAAUACAAACUGACCCUUUAUCUGCAGUCAGUGUCUCAUGGGUGUAAAACUGCAGCUUGUAUAACGAAAGACUCAGGCCUAGAAAUUGAAAAAUGUAUUUGACCACCUUCAGUGCUUUGUUUAGGUAUGAGGUAUAGAAUUGCAGGUCCUGUCUGAUCCUUUGAAUUCUUCGGAUUUUGUUCUUCCAGCCACCAACUGAAGCAUACGGAAGUUUUGAAACAUCAGCAUAUUGUUGUAACAGGUUUCUCUGAAGUAUGGUUCUGCCAUCCUAAGUAUAAUUAUUUUAAGGUUCUUUUACUGACAGUACAAAGGAUUUGAUCUUAUUAGUAGUUGUACUGGCGAUACGUAUAAUUUUUAAAAAUGUAAGUGGAUGCA